UUGAGGUACUCGUCUUCACAAGAUCUUUCUCUGAUACGCUGAACAUUUGCAAGAUGGGAUCUUUUGGAACUCUUCCUAGUUUUUCAAGUUCAGCAAUUCCUGAAUCAUCUUGUGGAUAUUUACUCCAAGAGCUGAAGCUGAUUUGGGAUGAAGUGGGACAAGAUCAACUAGAAAGAGAGAGAAUUCUACUAGAACUGGAACAGGAAUGCAUAGAUAUCUAUAGGAGAAAAGUUGACAGUGCUAAUAUCUUGAGAGUUCGGCUGCAUCAGGCAUUGGCUGAAUCAGAAGCUGAGUUUACUAAUCUUCUACUUUCCUUGGGAGAGAGGUCAUUCCCUGGACGGCCUGAAAAAUUGACAGGUACAUUAAAGGAACAGCUUGGUGCAAUCACUCCAGCACUUCACGAAAUGCAACUACGGAGAGAAGAGAGGGUGAAGCAGUUUCAUGAGGUUCUAAUGCAAAUUCAAAGAAUUUCUUCUGAAAUAGCAGAUAAACAAGAGGAUAGCAAUGUAGUGGUGAAUGAAGGGGACCUCUCCAUAAAGAAACUUGAGGAGUACCAAAAUGAACUCCAUAGGCUUCAUAAGGAAAAGAAUGAUAGGCUCCGGAAGGUAAAAGAAUACAUGGUGGUGGUGAAGAACCUUGCGGAAACAAUGGGAAUGGAUUCAACAGAAAUCAUCUGUGACAUUCACCCAAGCUUGCUAGGUGGUUUAACUGGACAGCAAUCAAAGACCAUAAGUGACACUGUUUUAGAGAGAUUGAACAACAAAGUGGAACAACUCAAAGAUGAAAAGCAAAAGAGGAUGGCAAAGCUUCACAAGCUUGGGAAAGCAUUGACAAACUUGUGGAAUCUCAUGGACACAACGUUUGACCGACAGAAGUUCUCUUAUAUGGAUAUAUUUACAUUGUCAACCUCAGUAGAUCCUGAGCUAGGACCAGGAAGCCUUUCAGUUGACGUAAUCCGCCAGAUCGAGUCUGAAGUAGAGAGACUAGAUCAGUUAAAAUCAACCAAAAUGAAAGAACUCUUUCUCAAGAAGCAAAGUGAACUUCAAGAAAUAUGCAACAAAUCGCAUUUGGAGGUACCUUCAGAAUCAGAGAUGCACAAAAUUAUGAACCUUAUCAUUUCUGGAGAGAUGGACCAUGAUGAACUUCUAGUGAUAAUGGAGGAGCAUAUAUCCAAGGCAAAAGAAGAAGCAUGCAGCCGGAAGGAAAUAAUGGAGAAGGUUGAAAAAUGGAUGGUUUCAUGUGAAGAAGAACAGUGGCUGGAAGAAUACAGCAGGGAUGAAAAACGUUAUUCAGUUAGAAGAGGGGCUCACAAGAACUUGAAACGUGCAGAACGUGCUAGAGCAAUUGUGAACAAAAUUCCAGUAUUGGUGAACUUAUUGAUAGCAAAGACAAAGACAUGGGAACAGGAGAGAAAGAAGACUUUCUUGGUUGAUGAGGUCCCUCUAUUGGCAAUGCUUGAAGAGUACAUUCUAUUGAGGCAGGAAAACGAGGAGGAAAAACAAAGGCAAAGGGAUAGGAAAUUGCAAAUUCAGCUUGCAGCAAGACAGGAAAAUUCACUUUUCUCAAGACCAAACACAAGCUGUGGCCGAUCUACAAACAAUAGCUUAAAUAACAGUUUUGUCAGUGUUUCCCCUUCAAUUAGGAGGCAAGCAACCAUCAAGGAAAGUGAAGGUUUGACAAAGAAUUCAGUAAAGCAGGGAGCAACGGUAUACAAAGGGCGUAGUAUGUUGCAAAAACAGAAGACGCUAAUCAACUAUAGGCACAACCCUCGUGCUAAAGAAGACGUGCCAUCUGAGAUCACCAUAACAUUUUCUGGCUAAAUUCACAAACCUUUCUUUGAUACUAACGAAGAUUGUGCAUCCAAUAUUAUUUGAUGUGUGAAAGGAAUGGCAAAAGUUUUCAGUUAAAUGGUCAAGGUUACAAAGUAUAAUAACUGUUGAGAUAACUUUGAUGCUACAUCCUGCCAAUUAAAAAGGACUCACUAGUUCUUAAAGAUAGACUAGCAAUUACACAUGAGUUGGAUUAUGGGUUAUCAGAAUCCAAAUGGCUUCUGACCCUAAUAGACGGAAUGAGAUCCACUUUCUACCAGAAUAAUUCCAUCGAUAUCACCUAUAGCCGUUGUUGGUCCAUGUGACAAGGGCAUUAUAAAACGCAUGCACAUGACCCCGCUUGUAGCUACUCACCAACAUAAAGCCUAUAACGAAGCAGAUAAACUAACAUAUUUUAUUGAUAAAUAUUUAUUUAUUUACACACUGAAAUAUUAAAAGAUAUCAAAUAGCAGUGCAUUAAAAGAACAUAAGAUCCAAAGAAGAAAAACAAGCAAGGACGUCUCCAACAAUCCACAGUAUAAAUCUCUGUGAAACUCAAUAGCUAAGUGCACCUCCACACAAUCACUUAGUUUUCAAAUCCAAUACUGCCAUUAUUCGCCUCAAGUAUAUCUAGAGGCAAAAAAUAAACGGAACCUUAACUACAGAAGAUAGCUACUAGGAAUACAAUAGCAUGUAUGGAGCAAAAGGGUUAGCAAUGAGAUAGCAUAUUAGGAGUAUGCAUAAUAAUUAUGCCAUAAAUGAGAUGUUCUUAUGAUGUGUCAUACUAUAUGAUUUUAGGUAGUUUUAUGUUUUAAGCAAGCUUAAUCAUAGCGUACCUAUGAGUUAUUUCCCAUCACUCCAAAGCCACAGAGAAGUACACCAUGCAUGCUCAGCAAGCAGAGACGGAUCUAUUCAAGGGCUAUACUGGGCUAUAGCCCAGCCCUACCAGCCCAAAAAAAAAAAUAGGUAUAAUAUGACAUCUGAUUUCGACUUGCACAGUCGUUCCCAUCUCCAACACGCGCGCCGCGCGCCUCGUCCGAACCGACGACACCGUGAAGGCGCACCGCGUCACCGUCUAACAUCGGAACGACUCCACUGCAUCGUACCGCCGCACCGGCCCUCACACGCAGCAUAUUCACAUCCAGACUCUGGACACAGGACAGGUAACCCUAAAUGACAAAAUCCCUAAUACUUUCUACUUCUCCUUUCUACUGUAUGUCCGUAAUCGCCUCCCGACUUCGUUGUCGUGGCCACCAUUGAGCAGCGAGAGCAUGUCGUGGCUUGCUGCCGGCUUCGUUGCCAAAGCAUCGCACAUUCUAAUGGCAUUGGUCGCGUUGCCGACUUGCCGUAUUGGUUUUGGCAUUUUGCCAAAGCCGGCUUCAAUCUUCACAAAUCACAGUAUUGGUUGUCGUGUUGCUUUAUAAUUUGUUUUUUUUUGGAUUGUCAUUACUCAUUAUUUAA